UGUGCGCGCGGUGCAGCCAUGCCGGGCAGGAAGUCUUCCAAGGAGAAGAAGCGGCGCCGCUCGCGUUCCUGCUGCCCGGAGGGAGCUCCGGGGCCAGACGGCAGCGACAGGAAGCGGCGGAGCACCGAGUCCAGCUACGGUGCCCUGGAGGAAACAAAAUGCAAUGUAUUCUCUGGAGAAAAACUGGAAGAGGCUGAACAACCCAGUGAUAUAGAGGAAGGAGGAUUAGAUCUCACUGUGUCACUCAAACCUGUCAGUUUCUACAUUGGGGACAAAAAGGAAAUGCUUCAACAGUGUUUCUGUGUCAUAGGGGAGAAGAAACUACAGAAGAUGCUGCCUGAUACUUUAAAGAACUGUUCCAUGGAUGAAAUCAAAAGACUUUGCAUGGAGCAGUUGGAGCUGUUAUCUGAAAAAAAACUGUUGAAGAUACUUGAAGGCGAAAUUGGAGCUGAUUCUGAUACUGACGAGGAGGCAGAUGGAGGAGACAAGACUGGAGGUGAUUCAGUCAGUCAACAGGACAACAGUAUAGACUCAACUUCUUCUCUGAGAGAAGACAGCAAGGUGGAAGGCCAGGAAUCAAAACAAGGUAAGGGAGAAGAUAGUGAUGUCCUCAGCAUAAAUGCAGAUGCAUAUGAUAGUGACAUAGAAGGCCCAUGCAAUGAAGAAGAUGGUCCAGAUGUGCAAGAGAGCACUGUCAGAAGUGGAGCUGGCCAGAUAGAUGACCUUCAGAAGGACAUUGAGAAGAGUGUGAAUGAGAUUCUGGGGUUGGCAGAGUCCAGCCCAAAGGAGACCAAAGCAGCAAACUUAGCUGUUCCUCCAUCAGAAGAUGUUCAGCCAUCAGCACAACAGCUGGAGCUUCUGGAACUUGAGAUGAGGGCCAGAGCUAUUAAGGCUCUGAUGAAAGCUGGUGAUGUAAAGAAACAUCCCUGAGACUGUUCAGAUUUUGUUUUCACUAUUUGUUCCGAAGAAGGUGAUAUCUGUUCUCUUCACUGCUACAGUAUGUUUGGGUUGGGUGUGACAUUCCUCAUUCAGACUGUGUUGUGUAUCCUGACCUGUGGUUCAGUUGUUUUGUUGCCUUUAGUGUGAUGCUUCCAUGACAUGCACAAACAGUGGUUGAUGCUUCCUUGAGAUGAGGUGUCCUUGUGUUGGGUCACCACCUCAAGGAGUCACACCACAUAUGGAGCUAUGCCAGGUACCUGGUGCCUUCCAUAAAGGUUGUUGUAGAAACUUAGAAUCAUUGAAUGGUUAGGGAGGAACAGAUUUGAGACUGCUUAAUUCUUCUUGGGGCCCAUCUCAUCAUAACAUAAGUAUUCUCAUUAAAAUGUGAUCCUUUGUGUAAAAGCAUACUCAGUUUUUUAAAACUUGAAUUCCUAAAGGGAAGGAUUUUCACCUUUCAAAUAAACAGUUGAACAUGUUAUUUUCAGAGUUAUGAAAGUGCCUGAAAGAGAGCAGAGUUUAUUUCACUGCCAUGUAGUUUUGUCACUUUUCUCCACUCUUAUCUUUUGUAAUAUAACUGAAGAAAGCAGAGUUUCUUCCUAACUGGAAAGCUUUUCUUUUGAAUAUUUGGCAUAAUAUUUAGUAAAUCAGACAGUUCAGAAGACCCUGAGCUUUCAGCAUUCAAUUGAUAUAGUCAUUUCAUGUCCCCUGGAAGUAGGAAAAUCCACCAAAUUUCAGUAUGCUCCUUUAGAAAAGGCAUUUAAUUUAUUUAUGAGGUUUUAAAAUAUAAAUUCUAUUUUUAUCCAUUUCUAGAUAUUCCUUUAUAAAUAAAUUGAAUUCUAGAAUUAAUUUUCAUGCUACAAUAUCUUACAAAAAUUAAAAUUUUAAUUUUUUUAGAACUAGUGCUGGUUUUCUAUCUGGCUGCUAAUCAAAGCAUAUUAAAAUAUUUGUGUGUUUGUUUACACAUGCAGACAUCAAUUUUUUUCUUUAAAGGUAUGAAGUUUACAAUUGUACUCUUUGUUAAGUAAAAUAAUGUAUUAUGUAUUUUUAUUCAUGAAUUUUCCUUGGUUGUUACUUAGAAAGCCAGAUGCUUGCAACAAUAGCAGACAUAAUUUCCCCUACUAUUGUGUAAUAUUACUGCAAACCUUAGUCUAUUCAGAUAUUAUGUCUUGAAUUCUUUAAUUUUAUAAUUUCAAUUUUAUAAUUAAUUAAUUAAUUAAUUAUAAUUCUUUGAUUCUAUAAUUUUCUUUUUAUUCUUCCAUUUUAUCCCUUUUCUUCCUUCUCUUUAUUCCCUUUCUUUUUUUUCCAGUUUCCUUUUAAACCCUUUUCUGUAGCAAGGUUCUUGUAUAUUUCUUAAGUAUGAUUGAUUUCCUCUACAACCAAUAUUAUUGUAAAAUGUUAGUGCAGUGUAAAUUUGAUAAUAAACUAAAACCUUCAUUAAAUACAACUGAUAAAAUUACAGAGUGCUUCUACUAAGUGAUGUCAGUGACCUGGAUAAAGUGUACCUGACUCUAGUGGUAUCCACAUCAUCAAAGUUUUUUCUAUUUUUUUUUGUAGCAAAUUGAGGUUGUAAGUGAAAAUAUAGACACACAAUUUAAAAUGUAAGUACUGUCUCAAAAUCUGUGGGUGUUGUCUUUGGUCAAUUUAAUUUAGCUGUUUGGUGAACUUGUGUUUUAUUUGAAUCCAGAGAAAAUAAAGAAGUAAUCAGAGAAGGACAGCUGGCAAAACUUCAAUGUGCUCUCUUCCCUUUUGCAAAGUCAUAGGCUGGUGGAGCUGUGUUGGAUUUCAAAGAUACACGUUAGUGCUGCUGUACUUAGGUAAUUAAGGCACUGAGUACCUCACCUUGCCUGCUGUGGAAGUGCAAAAACUUGCUUGCAAGGGCAUUUCCUGCAUCACCAGAAGAAGCCACAUGUAUGAAGUUUUUUCAGUGAUGUUGCAAAACAACACAUUUCAGUUCUUUGGCAACACAAAAAUACUGGUGGAAGUAAUGAUAAACUAGAAUGUAAUUGCUUUCUACUGACUACUUUGUGGAGGUGUAUGGUAUUUGUUAUUUUUCUGCUGGUUUCCCAGGUCACCCUUAAAAGUUUGUUUUAUAGCAUGUUGAACUGUUAAAGGUUAUUAUUUAAAGCUCUGUAGCAAGAAGUUGAAAAUGCUAACUUUAGCAUGUAGUGUGACAGAGAUGAAACAGGUUUACUAUGCAUAUGACAGAGAAGAUUUGUAAUUGCAGCCUAAUUAAAUUCAAAAUUAAAAGAUGACAAGUAUUCCAAGAAAAUUCAAUUAAGCUGUUUACAAAAAAUAAAAAAAUUCAUGUGAGAUACUUAAUGUGAUUGGUUACACAAGUGCUAAUUCAUUUUUAGGAUAUUGUACUGUUGCUGCUUAGGUUAAAAACAGAUCAGCUAAAUUACAUGUGUUCUUGCAUUGAUUUGUAUCACUGAAGAGAUAAAUCCAGUGUAUUUAAAAUAUUUAUUAUACAGCUGUUUUAUUUUUCACUUUUAAAUAUGUCUGUGAUCAUUCCUUGAAAAAUAAAUUAAUUUCAUUUGGAAGAA